UUUACGUUUCAUCAUUGUCGCCAAUUUACGGUCCCAACGAUUACGAUCGUGACGACGAUUUAUUGAUGGGGAUUCUCCGUAGUCGGUUGUCGAUAUUUGCCGCUACUUUUGAUAACCUCGGUGUAGUAAUUUUGAAAAAGAUAAAUCGUCGCAAAGGCAGGUCACGCAGGUCGUGACGUCAUUCGUGCAGUAAACACUCUCGUUCUGUCAAAUCAGUCAAUAUCGCGCUACAAAAGCGGUUCAAAUCAAAUUAUCUUCAGGGUUUAGGACGCGUCAGCUGACCGGACUGUUGCUGUUAAAAACAUCAGAAUGGAUAAUAUUUUUGGUAAAGAUGAUUCUGGGAACGAAAGCGAGCUUGUCGAUAUUGAAGAUAAGGACAGUCCGUCUAGACCCUCCGGAACCAGAGACAGCGAUGGCAUGGAUAUUGACGACGUUCCUUUGAAGGUGAAAGGAAAUGAACCUGACACUUCAAGUCAGAAUUCUCAAUCAGACACAGAAGAGUCAAGUCCCCAACAAACUAGUAGCGGAAUGCUAUCAAGUGACCAUAUGGACUUGAAGAAUGAUCCAGAGAGUCAAGACGAGCAUGAAGACAUUUUUGGAAAUGAUAUAAUGCUCCCACAUUCGGUACCGACAAAAAUAGAUGGAAGAAGAGAAAGUAGAGAAAAGAGUAAAAAGGAACUGGAGGAAGAAGAGCGGGAGAAAAUGCAAGUUUUGGUAUCAAAUUUCACGGAAGAUCAAUUGGACAGAUACGAGAUGUACAGAAGAGCUGCCUUUCCCAAAGCAGCAAUCAAAAGAAUUAUGCAGACAAUUACGGGCUGCUCGGUAUCUCAAAACGUCGUGAUAGCCAUGUCAGGUAUAGCUAAGGUGUUUGUCGGCGAAAUUGUUGAGGAAGCUUUGGAUGUCAUGGAAACUCACGAAGAAACGGGCCCAUUGCAACCAAAACAUUUGAGGGAAGCGGUACGCAGAUUACGACUUCAGGGACAAAUACCAAACGGUAGAGCACAUAAGGCAUUUUUCAGACUUUGAGGAAAGCAUGAGCUUUUUUGCAAAUGGUCAAGAAAAAUGUUAUUAAAGUGCAACACGUAGUACAAACGCUUUUGUUAUAACAAAAAAGGCUAAUAGCUGGAAAAACGUCCAGAAGACUUCCAAAAGCUACAGCCAAUGUUAGAAAAUGCGAAAUGCCAAUCAAUAUCUUAUUGUAAUAAUAUUAUGUUUAUGCAUUAGCGUCUAAUUUUGAACCUGUAAAAGGUCAUUAGAGUUAAUUUAUUAAAUCAUAACAGAGGCAAUAAAUGAAAUUCUGUUAUGAUUUUAGAUCUACCUAUACAAUAUAAUUUUAACGUUACUUGUAAAAUACAUUUGAAAUCUCUUCUCUUCUCUAGCAAUAUAAAUUUUUUCAUCCGAGAGUUAUAGUCUAAUCUGAAAGCUUUCAAUGUAUGUUUCCCAAAGAGAAUUCUAUUCUUGUAACAUUGUUCUCUUGACCGACAAAUGUAGAAAGAAUUAUAUUUUCUCUUAUUGUUACAUAUAAUGAAUAAAAAGAUAUAUCACUAAAAUCCUGAUACCUGUUGUAUUUCAACUAUGAGAAAUACCAAAAAACCAUGACUAAAUGAAUUCGUACUCGGGUAUUUUUCGAAAGAUAAAAUUUUUUCAAAAGUAUAUCUCGACACGUGCACAAAAAAGCAUGAUUUAUAACGAUUUUAUUUCCAAUAGUCAAUAAUAGUCAUGCGUCACCCCCGUUACCAAAAACUUCAUUCCGUAAAUAUCUUUACUGAAAUUGAUUUAUAGUAUACUAUGAUACAAUGUUCUGUAUUUUGUUAUUCUAAUAUGUACAAAGAGUUAAUCAUACUAUAAAAAUUUGUAGUAACUUUACUUCUCUUAAAAUCUUAAAUAUCCUUAUGUUAUUUUUGGCAGAUAAUUACUAGUUAUACGGUAUUAUAAUUAUCUUAUUUUCACUUAACAGUAUUUAAGAAAGAGUCAUCCAGAAUUACAAUAUAUUUAUAAGUAAAAAGCUGAUAUUCAUCAUAGGAUCUUAUUUACACUUAUAAGUAUAUGCAUUCUCUGAUAGCAGUAAGCACGUAAGUAUAUAACAACUAAAAAUUACAACUUAAUAUUCUUAAUUGUUCAUCGUACGCUUGCAGAUGUUCACUACAUUUCAGAAACCAUUGCUCAUUGAAAUGAUGGAAUAUAUUUUUAUACCACGAUAUAAUAUUAAAGAGUAGUUGAUAGAUCUACUCGCUCGAUUACAAAUAUUAUACAUUAUCAUUGUAAAAUAGCUAACAUAAAGCAUUAUGUUAGUAUUCCUCUGGUAAUUAGAAAAUUUACUUUACAAAUACAUACAACAGAUAUUAUACAUCUUGCAUCGUCUAUAUCACGAAUUAAGAAAUAUUUUACACAGUUCUAUUAUUAUACUUCAUUUCUUUACAACUGGUUAACACACAUAUUUCAAUAUCUGUACACUAAUCCGCCAUAUAUUAUCUAUUUAAAUUAUAUCUCAGUUUUCUGUACACGAAAUCUGAUUAGUUUGUUAAAAUUGAAAUAAAAAAAUCAAACAUUCAAGUAGAAAUUAUAGUUCUCUGAUAAUUGGUAUCAUUAAAGUUGCAUUACAGAUAUGUGAUUUUUGCAAAUAAAAAAUGAAAUUUCAAGUUUCUUUCUCAUCUUUUACCUUUAAUGGUUCGUUUUUUUCUGGUUUUUCUUAAGCUAAAUAAUUAUACGAUACAAAGCGUAAUUAUAAAAUACUAUCCAAAUUGUGAAUAAUAAACACCUUCCGAUGCGAUAGGAAACUUAGGAUAAAAUUAAAAGCUUCCAAUUAUGGAUAGUAAUAAGUGAAUGAUAUUCACCAGAUUUUUUUUCGCUGCCGAAAUUUUCAUAUUUUCAUCAACUGUUGAACUUAGUAAAGCAAAGUAUGUAUAUCUUUAGGUUAAAUUCACUGUUUCCUGCAGUUUUAUACCUUUGACAGUCUACGUACGUAUAUUCACAACCACAUCAAUGUGUAUUGAACUAUCGAAAAUAUAUAUACAUUAUGUAGUUAACAAAACCUCAUGCAUUGUCUCCAAAUUAUACACGGCAUUAUUCGUGGUUUCAUUAUUAUUGCAAGUUUUCAACAUAGAG